GUAGUUAUCUUUGGAGUUCACAAUAACCAACUUUCAGCCAAAGUAAAAUCUUCCCAAGGACCAACUUUACAAAUUAGGAUAAAACUUAAAGUAGCAGCAACAAUUGGUUUAAAUCCAAUUACUGAGAACCAAAAGAAACAUUAACAACAUUUAAGCGCUUUCUCACAACUUUACCAACUUAAGUUUUCAAAAGACAACACCCGUGUAACAAAGCCUACAAGGAAAACAUGGCUGACUUCUUGGACUCUGAAGCUGAGGAGAGUGAUGAUGAGGAGGAGAUGGAACCGCACGAGAAGAAGAAACUUAAGAAACUCAAGGCCAUGGAAAGUGACGACGAUGAGGAUGAAGAUGACGAUGAAAAGCUGCGGGAAGAAUUGAAAGAUCUUAUUGAUGACAAUCCAAUAGAGGAAGACGAAAGUGGAGAAGAUUCAGAUGCAUCGGGGGGAUCUAAAAAACGGAAAAAAAGUGAUGACGAAGAUUUUGAUGAUCGGCUAGAGGAUGAAGAUUAUGACCUUUUAGAAGAGAACUUGGGGAGAAAAAUUGAGCGCAAAAAAAGAUUCAAAAGACUGAAAAGAAUCGAAGAUGACGACUCGGGCAAUGAAGAACAAGAAGGAGACGAGGGCGAAGACAGAGAAGCAAUUGCCAACCAACUGUUUGAAGGCGGCUCAGACCAUGAGAUGGAGGAAAGGGAUGAUGAUCAUGAAUCCGAGCGGAUCCAUCGGUCCGAAGCUGAUCUCGAUAUGGAAGGUGAGGAAGAAGAAUCAGAUGCAGACGACUUCAUUGUUGACGACGACGGCCGGCCCAUAGCAGACAAACGCAAGAAGAGAAAGCCCAUCUUCAGUGAUGCCGCUUUGCAAGAGGCUCAAGAUAUCUUUGGUGUUGAUUUUGACUACGACGAGUUUGACAAAUACGGUGAUGAGGAUUAUGAUGAAGAAGAUGACGAAGAAGACGAGUACGUGGACGAAGAUGAAGACAUUGAAAGAAGGAGAAAACCAAAGAAGGCAGCGAAGAAAAAACCAACAAGAAAAUCAAUAUUUGAGAUAUACGAGCCCAGUGAACUCAAGAGAGGUCAUUUCACCGAUUUGGAUAAUGAGAUACGUAACACGGAUGUCCCCGAAAGGAUGCAACUGAGAGAGUUCCCAGUCACUCCGACAGCCGAGGGCUCAGACGAACUGGACAAGGAGGCCGAGUGGAUAUACAAACAAGCUUUCUGUAAAACUACCAUCUCCAGUCAGGACGGGCCGCCAGAGCAACGCGACAGACAGCGGCGAGGACCGCAAAUGGUGGGCAAGAUCAAGAAGGCGCUGGAUUUCAUGAGGAACCAUUUCUUCGAAGUUCCGUUCAUUGCUUUUUACCGCAAAGAGUACGUGCAGCCGGAACUCACCAUCAACGAUCUUUGGCGUGUCUACAAGUUUGAUGCUAAGUGGUGCUUACUGAGAAGUCGCAAGAUGACACUGAUCAGCCUGUUUGAGAAGAUGAGGGACUAUCAAGCAGAACAGUUGACUAAAGAUAUCAACGCAGAUCUACCAGAGGGCAUCAGACUCAUCCGUGAUGAGGAUAUUGACAGGUUGCGAGCCGUCCAGACCACUGAAGAGUUAAAGGACGUCCACUCUCACUUCCUGUUACACUAUGGACACGAGGUGCCGGCCAUGCAGGAGGCAGUGCGAGCCAAGGAGCGUGCGGCUGAGGCGGAGGCACGACGGAGGGAGGCGGGGGGAGAGGAGGGAGACGAGGUAGAGGUGGUGGAGCCACCGCCCCCACCACCCUCGGACACCAUCAAACAAGCUGUGCGCAGCGGACCUUACGCCAUGUGUAGGAAAGCAAAGAUAGACGGGUUUGCCAAGAGGUUUGGUUUGACUCCGGAACAGUUUGGCGAGAACCUGAGAGACAACUAUCAGAGACAUGAGGUGGAGCAAGAGGCUGUCUCACCCUUGGAGCUGGCUCAGGAAUAUGUCUCUGGCAAAUUCACCACACCAGAAGACGCGCUGCGGGCCGCAAAGUACAUGGUUGCGAUGCAGAUAGCUCGCGACCCCUUGGUGAGGAACUGCGUGAGGGAGACGUUCUUUGAGCGAGCGAAGCUGGACAUUGCUCCGACCAAGAAGGGACUCAAGGAGAUAGACGAGAACCAUCCCUGUUAUAGCAUGAAGUACGUGAAGGGCAAGCCAGUGAGAGAUCUGACCGCAGACAUGUUCCUCAAGUUGUCUAUCGCACAGAGUGAUCGGCUUAUCACGAUGAGCAUUAACGACCAAAUCGAGGGAAUCACCAGCUCAUCUUAUUUGGAGGAGGCUAAACAACUUUACUACAGGGAUGAGUUCAGCAAGAACGUGCAGGAGUGGAACCUGCUGCGGAUGGAGAGUGUGGAGAUGGCGUUGAAGAAGAUGGUUCUGCCUGAUCUGAAGAAGGAACUGCGAGCCCACUUGCUGGAGGAAGCCAAGGAGGCGGUGAUGAAGGCUUGCUGUCGGAAACUGUACAACUGGAUCAAGGUAGCACCUCUCAGUGUGGACUUUGGGGAUGAGGAUGACGACGACUGGGACGCCAGCAAGGGUCUGCGGGUUAUGGCGAUCGCCUAUGUGCCAGACUAUUCCCAGGCAGCUUUCGCCUGUCUGAUAGCUCCAGACGGAGAGUGCACCGACCAUCUGCGACUGCCCAACUUGCUGAAACGGAAAAACUCCUUCAGGGAAGACGAGAAGUUACUCAAGGAGGCAGAUUUGCUAGCUUUACGUAACUUCAUCUCCACCAAGCGGCCGCACGCGGUGGUGAUCGGAGGAGAGUCCCGGGACGCCAUGAUGGUGUCAGCUGAUGUUAAGGAGAUCAUCGGAACUCUUGUGGAGGACGAGCAGUUUCCUCAGUUGCCCGUGGAGAUCAUGGACAAUGAGUUUGCCAAGGUGUACGCCAACUCUAUCAAGGGAGAGAAUGAUUUCCGAGACUACCCAAUGUUGCUGCGUCAAGCAAUCUCCCUCGCUCGCAGGAUACAAGACCCGUUGGUGGAGUUUUCUCAGCUCUGCACAUCUGAUGAAGAAAUUCUUUGUCUGAGAUACCAUCCUUUACAGGACCACCUUGUCAGGGAGGAGUUGCUGGAAGCCUUGAAUCUGGAGUUUGUAAAUCGCACAAACGAGGUGGGCGUGGACAUUAACCAAGUGGUGGCCAACGUGUACAGCGGCAACUUGGUGCAGUUUGUGUGUGGACUGGGGCCCAGGAAGGGUGCAGCACUGAUCAAGCUGAUGAAGCAGACCAAUCAGAGGCUAGAGAACAGAACACAGCUGGUGACCACGUGUCACAUGGGACCUAAAGUGUUUAUCAAUUGUGCUGGGUUCAUCAAGAUAGACACCAACUCACUCGGAGAUAGUACUGAGUCAUACGUAGAGGUGUUGGACGGCUCGCGUGUACACCCAGAGACGUACGAGUGGGCGCGCAAGAUGGCCGUGGACGCUCUGGAGUAUGAUGAUGAGGACGCUAACCCUGCUGGAGCACUGGAGGAGAUUCUGGAGGCUCCAGAACGACUCAAGGAUCUUGACUUGGACGCCUUCGCUGAGGAGUUGGAAAGACAGGGUUUCGGCAACAAGAGCAUCACUCUGUACGACAUCCGAGCCGAGCUGAAUCACAGGUACAAAGACUUACGUCAGCCGUACCAGAGCCCCAACGCCAUGGAGCUGUUCAACAUGCUCACUCAUGAGUGUCCGGAGACGUUUUACAUCGGCAAGAUGGUUCAAGCCACUGUCACAGGAAUCUCCCACAAGAAACCUGAUGGAGAACAGUUAGAUCAAGCCAACCCUGUAAGGAAGGAGGACACUGGUUUGUGGCAAUGUCCGUUCUGUCUCAAGAAUGACUUCCCGGAACUCUCUGAGGUGUGGAACCACUUUGAUGCUGGUGGAUGUCCCGGACAAGCGACGGGUGUUCGAAUCCGGUUGGACAAUGGUAUCACAGGGUAUAUACAUAUUAAGAACCUGUCAGACAAACAUGUGACGGACCCUGAGGAGAGAGUCAGUCGAGGACAGAUGAUCCACUGUCGGAUAACCAAGAUAGACGUUGAUAGGUUCGCCAUAGAUGCCACUUCCAAGUCUUCCGACCUGCUCGACAAGAAACAUGAGUGGAGACCAACCAAAGAUCCGUACUACGAUCAUGAAGCCGAAGCUAAAGACAUUAAAGUUGAAGAAGAAGCGAAGAAGGUGAAACAACGUCAAACGUACAUCAAAAGAGUGAUUGUGCAUCCAGCGUUCCACAACAUUUCCUACGCCGAGGCUGAGAAGAUCAUGGUUAAUAUGGAGCAGGGCGAGUGCAUCAUCCGACCAUCUAGCAAGGGCGCCGAUCAUCUAACGGUUACAUGGAAAGUAGCGGACGGAAUUUACCAGCACAUCGACGUGAGAGAAGAAGGAAAGGAAAACGCCUUCUCCCUCGGCACAUCGUUGUGGAUCGGCAACGAAGAGUUUGAAGACUUGGAUGAAAUCAUAGCGAGAUACGUGAACCCGAUGGCGGCUCACGCUAGAGACUUGUUUGCCUUCAGAUAUUAUAAAGACACCGAAGGAGGGCUGAAGGAUAAAGCCGAGGAAUUCUUGAAGGAGGAGAAGAAGAAGAACCCACAGAAAAUACAUUACAUUGUGUCUGUGUCCAAGAACUACCCAGGCAAGUUCCUCCUGUCCUACCUGCCGAGGAACAAAUGCAAACACGAGUUGAUCACCGUAACACCAGAGGGCUUCCGGUUCAGAGGUCAAACCUUUGACACCAUCGGCAUGUGCUUCAAGUGGUUCAAGGAACAUUUCCGGGAUCCCAUCCCAGGCACUCCAAGUACUCCAAGGUCCGGAAUCAUGACAGGGCGGGCAACCACGCCUCACAACCCUUACACACCUAACGUCAACAUCAGCAUGAACUCGGAGGCGUUACACAGGGUCGCUCAAAACAUGAACCCACACAUGCUGCACAACCUGGCUCAGGUGGCCAGUCAGACUCCGCACUAUCCCACCACUCCUGGCGGCUACACCAUGCCUACCUACCCCAACACGCCGUAUACCCCUACGGCGCAGACACCGUUUAUGACGCCGUACCACGCCACAACCACACCCCGCUAUGGGGGACAGACUCCGUCUGCUGCGGCUCCAAUAUUUGUACACCCUGGAACCAUCACACCUGGCGGGGGCCGUACUCCGUCUCAACAUACACCUACCCCCACCCCUCCGCAACAGCAGUUUGCUAGAUCAGUGUCUGGGAGACUAUCGCCUCUUGCGCGUCCUUAUUCUCCUAGUUCUCCGUACUCCCCGACCCAGAGCUUCACCAGCUGUUCUCCCCCCUCCUCUUUCCACCCUUCUCUUGUACCCUCCCCUCAACACUCCACCGCUUCCUUCCAACUACCAUUGCGUACUUCCAGACUCCUGUCAUUACUGGGGACCAACAUGCCGACGGAUCCCAUGGACUGGCGCAAGGCGGCUGAAGAGUGGGCCAAACUGAAGAACAGAGAAAACACCAACACGACACCUCGGCAAGGAAGUUCGACUCCAAGCAGGUAUGAAGAUCGCAGGAUGACUCCGAGGAAUAACUUGCGUUCCCCUCGGCAGCCCCAGUACAAGCCUUCCCCCCGCCAAGGUUACGAACAAUCUCCUCGUAACUUUGACAGUUUGAAGUCGCCCCGUCUGCCGCCUGGGACAGGACCGUAUGACCCGUAUGGGUUGGGGUCCACCAAGUCCCCCCGCUACGUUCCCUCGCCACGGUCUGGGCGGUCUACCCCUCGUACCAUCAACAGCCCGAGGUCCAUGAUAGAGAGCAGCCUGGGAGACGCAACGCCGCUCUACGACGAGAACGAGAACUGAAACUGAACAGACUGAGAAUGUUAGGUUGUUUCACUGCUAGUUCAUCUAAGGUCAAAGUAUCGACCGUUUUUAUCUUCUUCCUUCCCUACAAAUUUUAUACUAUUUUGUGAUUUGCAUAGUUUUAUCACUAAUUUAUGAUUGUACAUGGUUGAUAAAAUAUAGAGAUAGUUGUGGUCAUUUGAAAUCUCAUUCAAAAUCAUAUUAAUCUUGAAUAGCAUUUUUACUAUAUUUUGUAAACAUUUUCGUAGUGGUGACAGAUGUUUAUUGUGUAUGUUAUUUUUGAAUUUGAUCGUUAAAGAAACUGCUUCAAAAUUAUUUUACAGUGAUCUGUAAAUAUUUAAUAAAGGUAUUAUUUAUAUACUGAA